AUGAUAGCGUUGGAAGACGUUUACAAGAUAGUAGUGGCGAUGGUGCCGCUGUACGCAGCUCUGGCAUUAGGCUAUGGCUCUUUAAAAUGGUGGCAUAUGUUUAAACCAGACCAUUGUGAUGCUAUAAACCGCUUCAAUUGCUAUUUCAUAAUGCCAUUUUUCACCUUCGAGUUCAUAUCUCAUGUCAAUCCUUAUAAGAUGAAUUAUCUCUUCCUUGCCGCAGACGUUAUAUCUAAAGCCCUCGUCGGCAUAGUGUUAGCUCUGUGGGCUAAUUUAAGUAGCAAAGGGUCGUAUGAUUGGUCUGUAACAUGCUUCUCUUUAUCAAGUUUGAAUAACACUCUUGUCGUAGGAGUUCCACUAUUGAAAGCCAUGUACGAUGAAAUGGGAGCUAAUCUUGUUAUACAGUCGUCAGUUAUCCAGUGUCUCUUGUGGUUCCCUACGCUAUUAUUCUUGCUCGAAUUCAGACGUACGAGGAGCGAUACAUCGGUAAUCUCGACCGUACAUGAAUUGUCAUCGAUAGAAAUGGGGAGCAAUGAUGAUAUUGUGGAAGAGAGAAUGGAUUCUACUGCGAGUAGAACACCACCAUCUUUCUUAUCGUUGAUGAAGACUGUGUGGAGUAAACUUGCGAAGAAUCCAAAUUCUUACGCAUGUUUUAUUGGCAUCAUUUGGGCCCUUUUAGCUAACAGGUGGCAUUUACAAAUGCCCUCCAUUCUUGAAGGCUCAAUAUUGAUAAUGUCAAGGGCUGGGGGUGGCGUUGCCAUGUUCAACAUGGGACUUUUUAUGGCAUUGCAAGAGAAAGUGAUAGCUUCCGGUGUUCGUCUAACGUUAUUGGGUAUGGUAUUGAGGUUCGUCGUUGGACCAAUUAGUAUGGCUAUUGGUUGUUUUGCGUUACGUCUCCACAUUGACGUCUUUCGUAUAGCAAUCAUCGGGGCUGCAUUGCCACAAGCGAUCGCGUCGUUUGUUUUUGCUCAAGAGUAUGGAUUGCACUCACAAUUACUUAGUACUGCGGUAAUUUUUGGCACUACAAUAUCACUUCCUCUCUUAAUUGGCUAUUACGCCAUUUUAGAUAAAUUUCAUCAGCUGGAAUUCUUGCUUUCUGAGAAUCUGAGGGAAUUCCUUUCUGAGAAUCUGAGACCUCAAGACCUGAAUAUAAUCAGAUCCUAG